CACGCGCCCCAACCUCCGAAAAAAAAAGAGAGAGAAAAAGGAAACGCCCCCCCAAAUCGGAAUCCGCACGCACCCCAUGGCCGCCGCCGCCCUCCUCCGCCGCUCGCCGGCGGCUCGCGCGCUCCUCUCGCCGGCCCUCUCGUCCCGCCUCGUCACGUCCAAGCACCACUCCUCGUCCCCCGCGCCUCCGCCGCCGCCGAAGGCGCCCGCGGCCAUGAAGACCUUCUCGAUCUACCGGUGGGACCCGGACUCGCCAUCGACGAAGCCGCACCUCAAGGACUACCAGGUGGACCUCUCCGACUGCGGGCCGAUGGUGCUGGACGCGCUGCUCAAGAUCAAGAACGAGCAGGACCCGUCGCUCACCUUCCGCCGCAGCUGCCGCGAGGGCAUCUGCGGGAGCUGCGCCAUGAACAUCGACGGCGACAACGGCCUCGCCUGCCUCACCAAGAUCUCCUCCGCCUCCUCGGCCUCCACGGUCUCGCCGCUGCCCCACAUGUUCGUCAUCAAGGACCUCGUCGUCGACAUGACCAACUUCUACAACCAGUACAAGAGCGUCGAGCCCUGGCUCAAGCGCAAGGACCCGCCGUCGCAGGAGGGCAAGGAGAUCCUGCAGACCAAGGCCGACCGCGCCAAGCUCGACGGCAUGUACGAGUGCAUCCUCUGCGCCUGCUGCUCAACCUCGUGCCCAUCCUACUGGUGGAACCCAGAGGAGUACCUCGGCCCGGCCGCGCUGCUGCACGCCAACAGGCUUCCGCUGUGGGGGACGCUUAUCAAACCAAAACCCAACAUGUUCAUGCACCUUCAAGCUCGAGGAUACCAUGGGGUGGCAGACAAGAGAAACCUGCUGGACCACAAACGUAGAUUGCUUGCAGAAAAAUAUGAGCUAAGAGGAAAGCUGUAUAAGGCUGUCUGUAGGGACCCUGAUCUUCCGUUGGAUAUGCGGGAAGAGUUUCGCUAUAAGUUGUCAAAGUUGCCAAGAAAUAGCUCAAUGACACGCCUUAGAAACCGCUGCAUUUUCACAGGCCGCCCUCGCGCUGUCUACAAGAAAUUCCGCAUGUCCCGUAUUAUGUUCCGCACAUUGGCGAACAAGGGUGAACUGACAGGGGUAAAGAAAGCAUCUUGGUAGAAGUUAACAAACCAGUAGAUCAAAGCGCUAGCUCUGCAGUAGUCCAGCUAAAUAAGGUUGUCUUCAUGCAAUCUUUCAGUGUUUGAUCCAUGAAACUGUCUUUAAGGUUUCUGACCAGCAGCCAAUUUUAUUUGAACAUUUUUGUUGAAUCAGUGUACUGUACUGUUUUUGUGCCUAUUCAGCAUUUAUGAAGUCAAAGGCUUGUCCCGUAUUAUGUUUCUCAAUGCAUAAAUGUUUUUUGGGUUAUCUUCACACUUUGAUUCAUGAAUUUGCUGUGCCUGUUUCUUGUAUAUGUUCAUAAUGCUUCCAUGUUGCUAAUGAAGUAGUUACUGCGCUCCAAAGCAUCAUCUUGUGCUCUGAAUGAUUGUGAGCAUUGUAUGCUUUGGGUACUUGAUAUCUUGAACCUGAGUGGAGACGUUAGUUUGUGUUUUGUGAUUUUUUUUCACUUAAUAUUAUUUGAUUUAGUGUUGUCUGCCAACUUUAUUCUAACUUCUGGACUAGUAUUUUAGCAAGUCAAUUCUUCAUUGUGUAUCUUGCUGAUAUGUUUAGCCAUUUAUUGUUCCAGUGUGUUAUUUGAUUGUGCCAGGAUUCACACAGUGGCUGUUUACUUCACUUAUUGAUUAUUAAUCCACUUUGUUUGAUGUUCAUUUAUAGGUUUUAAUUUAGAUAAUAGGAACAUGCAGUUUAGCUUUGUUUGCAGCUAGGAUAAUCAGUAUAAAUGGUCUGGUAUACAAUAUGCUGCUUUCUGAGAUGCUUUAGUCAAGUUGAGACUAGUCAAAAUGAGUUAACAGAGGCAGUUUGGUCUUCCUUUGUGCACCAUAAAGUGUUUUUGAAACUUUCAAUGUCACCUUUUGGUUAUAAGUUGUGAGUAAGUGCUUAACUAUUAUAAUAAACUUGUUUUCUCAUUGAACAAACGUUAUCAAUCUUGCUACAUCUGUUUAUGUUACAGGUGUCUUGUGUGUGCAAACUAAACAUUUAAAUUCAAGAGAGGCUAUUUCACUUAUUUUCACGUUCUAGAUUGUAUCUUCUAUGGAGUCUUUCUAUUACGGGCCCAUUUGGUCCAGUUUGAACAUUGAAAUGGUUUGAACUUUGAAAUUGUGAUGCAUUGGUGUAUAAAUGUUUGGCAUACCACGAUUGCUCCGUGCUAUAAACGUGCACUGUUUCUCCAGGUGGAUACAGGACAGCCGUGACCAGUUCACCAAGGAGCGCCUGGAUGCCAUCAAUGAUGAGUUCAAGCUCUACCGCUGCCACACUAUCAAGAACUGCAUUCACGCCUGCCCAAAGGGCCUGAACCCGGCUAAGCAGAUCGACACGAUCAAGAAGCUCCAGAUCGACACCUAAAAUUCAUCGCGCCUUUGAAAUCAAACAGCAGACCCUGUGGAAAUUUGUGAUGAACAUCCCUUUUGUUUUGCAUCGUGGUCUCUACCUGACAAAUAAAUCCCGCUUGGGGCCAACACUCUGGUGCUUGCAAUUAUCAGGUGGAGGUAGAUUAGGGAGUGAACAAUUGCUACCGUAUUUCAUUUUUCCGCUGUAUCUAAUUUGGUCGUCUUCCUUGCCUUGCGUUGUAUGCUCUUAUGGUUGCAGUCAUUCAUGGAUGAUUGUUAUUGACUUUAAUAUUGGUUGCACAUCACCGAA